ACUUGGGUGGGAACACCGGCAGUGGCAACUCCUUCGUCUAAGGUACAUAGGAAUCUGGCCAGUACUCCCGGUGGUUCCAAAAUUUGGGAAGAGAAAAUUAGGGUCACUGUUUGGAUGAGGCCACUGAACAGGAAGGAACAGUCCAUGUACGAUCUAAUUGCUUGGGAUUGUUUGGAUGAGCAAACCAUAGUAUUCGAGAAUCCAAAUGAAGGGAGGCCUGCAACACCGUACACCUUCGAUAGAGUUUUUGCUCCUGCAUGCUCAACUCAGAAGGUUUAUGAUGAAGGGGCAAAAGAUGUUGCAUUAUCAGAACUUUCUGGAAUCAAUGCAACCAUAUUUGCUUAUGGGCAGACGAGCAGUGGCAAGACAUUCACGAUGAGAGGCAUCACUGAAAAUGCUAUUAGGGACAUCUAUGAUUACAUUAAGAAUGUUGUUUCGGAAAAGACACGAGUUGGAGAAUUGCAAAAUGAAGUUGCUAGGCUCGAAGGAGAGUUAAGAAAACCUGAACUGUCUGCAGAUGAAUGUCUAAGGUCUUUGCUAGAUGAAAAGGAGUUAAAAAUUCAGCAGAUGGAAAAAGAUAUGGAAGAUCUGAAGCGACAGAGAGACCUUGCACAAUGUCAACUUGAUCUUGAAAGAAGAGCAAAUAAAGUUCAGAAGGGAUCAAUUGAUUGCGGGUCUUCUAGUCAAGUUGUCAGAUGUCUUUCUUUUGCUGACGAAAAUGAAUUAGAUAUUGUUAAACAUACUCCAGAGAGAAGGGUGACAGUAAGCAGGCAGGCAAUGCUGAAGAAUUUAUUGGCUUCUCCUGAUCCAUCAAUACUUGUUGAUGAAAUCCAAAAGCUUGAACAUCGGCAGCUACAAGUCGUUGAGGAUGCCAACCGAGCACUUGAAGUGCUGCAUAAGGAUUUUGCAACCCAUAAUCUUAAUCAACAAACGGCUGAUACCAUGUCGAAAGUACUGUCUGAAAUAAAAGACUUGGUAGCUGCUAGUUCUACAGCGGAUGAAAUCGUGAAAGCAGACAAGACCAACCUGAUGGAAAAGAUUACUCAGUUGAAAAAUCAAGGGAACACUAUUUCAUCUUUAGAGAGGAAGCUGGCGAAUGUUCAGAAAUCUAUAGACAAGUUGGUAUCUGCUUUUGGUGGCACCAAGGAGACUCCAGACUGUAAGACACAGCCUAGAAGGAAGAAAAUUCUUAGCUUAAACAACAGCCCCGGUAUGCAACACAUAAUGCGAGCUCCUUGCUCACCUCUCUCUUCUUCUUGUAAAGCAAUGGAACAUGAAAUUGAGAACAGAGUUCCCAACAUUUCAUCCCCUGGUGGUGAUUCUUCUGCAAGGUUGCAUAAAGAUACCUCACAAAAGGAUGAUGAAAGUAGCCCUGCUUCGCGGCAAUCAAAAUCAGUGAAUGUGAAGAAGGUUCAGAAAAUGUUCAAGAAUGCUUUUGAGGAGAACAUUCGGAGUUUUGGAGUUUAUAUUACUGAGUUGAAAGAGCUAGUGGCUAAACUGCAUUACCAGAAGCAACUUUUGGUUUGCCAGGUUUUGGAGCUUGAAGCUAACAAGUCUGUACCUGAAGAAAUGGACACAAUUGAUCGAUCUCCUUUAUCAUGGUGCAUACUAUUUGAACAGCAGAGAAAGCAAAUUAUUAUGUUGUGGCAUUUAUGUCACAUUUCUCUGGUGCACCGAACACAGUUUUAUCUUUUGUUAAGAGGAGAUCCUUCUGAUCAGGUAUAUAUGGAAGUUGAACUUAGAAGAUUGACAUGGUUGGAACAACAUCUGGCAGAGCUUGGGAAUGCUAGUCCUGCUCUUCUAAGUAAUGAACCUGCAGACUUAGUUUCGGGAAGGCAAAGGUGGGUCUCGUUAUGGUGCAUAAGCCAAACUUAUGCACCGUGCAUAAGCUUGCUUCCUACACCACAACAUAACCAGACCCGCCCAAGCCCAACUCCCGUUUCUCAAAACUGAUCGCAUUAAUUG